UCGCACUCCCGACAGAAAAUAGUCCCAAAACUGAGAAAAAAUUUUUCUCUCAAUUCUGACCUAAAGUAAUGUUGCUGUUUAUACAAUAUUAUUUCUGAAUAUGAAUCAAUACUAAUGAUAUCCAUUUGUUGGCUUGCCUGAUAUGGUGACGAUAUUUUCUCAGCGGAGUAAUAUAUAAACAAGGAGAGUCGGCCAUUUCACGCCCUUUCCGCCAGUGUCCGCGGUUUCUGCCGGCUUCAACGAAUACAAACGCCGGCGUUUGUGGAUUCGAACCCGGGGACGAAAAAGGGAUAAACAUUGACUAGACGGUUGCAGUAAGAGUUGUCAAGUAUCGGACAUGGCGCAGAUUCUGCCCAUCCGCUUCCAGGAGCACCUCCAGCUUCAAAAUGUUGGCGUCAACGCAGCGAAUAUCGGGUUCAGCACCCUCACCAUGGAGUCCGACAAGUUCAUCUGCGUGCGGGAGAAAGUUGGCGACCAGGCGCAGGUGGUCAUCAUCGACCUGGCUGACGCGGCCAACCCCAUUCGCCGACCCAUCUCCGCAGACUCCGCCAUCAUGAACCCCGCCAGCAAGGUCAUUGCUUUGAAAGGCAGCGGCAGUGCUGGAAAGACUCUGCAGAUCUUCAACAUUGAGAUGAAGAGUAAGAUGAAGGCCCACAACAUGGUGGAGGAUGUGACCUUCUGGAAGUGGAUAACUGUCAACACCAUCGCCCUGGUAACUGAGACGGCUGUGUACCAUUGGGCCAUGGAAGGUGACUCGCAGCCGCAGAAGAUGUUUGACCGCCAUUCCAGCUUGGCCGGGUGCCAGAUCAUCAACUACCGCACGGACGCAGCGCAGAAGUGGCUUCUUCUCAUCGGCAUCUCGGCACAGGUGGCCCAAUCACCAAGUUCUGACACGCAAAACAGAGUUGUUGGUGCCAUGCAGCUGUACUCUGUGGACCGUAAGGUCAGCCAGCCAAUCGAAGGCCACGCAGCGGCGUUCGGUCAGUUCAAGAUGGAAGGUAACUCCGAACAGUCCACGCUGUUCUGCUUCGGAGUCCGGGGCGCCCAGGGUGGGAAGCUACAUAUCAUUGAGGUGGGACAGGCGCCUUCUGGGAACCAACCAUUCACCAAGAAGGCAGUGGACGUUUUCUUCCCUCCAGAAGCACAGAAUGACUUCCCUGUGGCCAUGCAGGUGAGCUCUAAGCAUGACGUCAUCUUCCUUGUGACCAAAUAUGGCUACAUCCAUCUGUACGACUUGGAGAGCGGUGUCUGCAUCUACAUGAACCGGAUCAGUGGAGACACCAUCUUUGUCACCGCGCCCCACGAGGCCACCAGCGGUGUCAUCGGAGUCAACCGUAAAGGACAGGUCCUGUCUGUGAGUGUGGAGGAGGACAACAUCAUCCCCUACAUCACCAACGUGCUGCAGAACCCUGACCUGGCACUGCGCAUGGCCGUCAGGAACAACCUGGCCGGCGCCGAGGACCUCUUCGUGCGCAAGUUCAACACUCUGUUCUCCCAGGGCAACUACUCGGAGUCCGCUAAGGUCGCAGCUAACGCACCAAAGGGGAUCCUGCGUACCCCCCAGACGAUCCAGCGUUUCCAGCAGGUCCCAGCGCAGGCUGGCCAGACGUCCCCACUGCUGCAGUACUUCGGCAUCCUGCUGGACCACGGGCAGCUCAACAAGUACGAGUCCCUGGAGCUGUGCCGCCCCGUCCUGCAGCAAGGCAGGAAACAGCUGCUGGAGAAAUGGCUCAAGGAGGAAAAGCUUGAGUGUAGCGAGGAGCUUGGAGAUCUAGUCAAGACGAGCGACCCCACACUAGCACUCUCCGUCUACCUUCGCGCCAACGUGCCCAACAAGGUCAUCCAGUGUUUUGCGGAGACCGGGCAGUUCCAGAAGAUCAUCCUGUACGCCAAGAAGGUUGGCUACACCCCGGACUACAUCUUCCUGCUGCGUAACGUGAUGCGCAUCAACCCCGACCAGGGCCUGCAGUUUGCACAGAUGAUGGUGCAAGACGAGGAACCAAUGGCUGACAUCAACCAGAUUGUUGAUGUGUUUAUGGAGAUGAACCUGGUGCAGCAGUGCACAUCCUUCCUCCUGGAUGCGCUGAAGAACAACCGUCCGUCAGAGGGCGCGCUCCAGACACGCCUGCUGGAGAUGAACCUCAUGUCUGCUCCCCAGGUGGCAGACGCUAUCCUCGGGAACCAGAUGUUCACGCACUACGACCGCGCCCACAUCGCCCAGCUGUGCGAGAAGGCGGGGCUCCUGCAGCGUGCGCUCGAGCACUACACCGACCUGUACGACAUCAAGCGUGCAAUUGUGCACACCCACCUGCUCAACCCUGAUUGGCUGGUCAACUUCUUCGGCUCUCUGUCCGUGGAAGAUUCGCUGGAAUGUCUGAAGGCCAUGCUUCAGAACAAUAUCCGACAGAACCUACAGAUCGCCGUGCAGGUGGCCACAAAGUACCAUGAACAGCUGACCACCCAGUCCCUCAUUGACUUGUUCGAGUCCUUCAAGAGCUACGAGGGGCUGUUCUACUUCCUGGGCUCCAUCGUCAACUUCAGCCAGGAAGCUGAGGUCCACUUCAAGUACAUCCAGGCUGCCUGCAAGACUGGUCAGAUCAAGGAGGUUGAACGUAUCUGCCGCGAGAGCAACUGUUACGAUCCAGAGAAGGUCAAGAACUUCCUGAAGGAAGCCAAACUGACAGACCAGCUCCCACUGAUCAUCGUGUGCGACCGAUUCGACUUUGUGCACGACCUGGUCCUGUACCUGUACCGCAACAACCUACAGAAGUACAUCGAGAUCUAUGUACAGAAGGUGAACCCUGCGCGUUUGCCUGUUGUUAUCGGAGGCCUGCUGGACGUGGACUGUGGGGAGGACGUAAUCAAGAACCUCAUCAUGGUUGUACGUGGGCAAUUCUCCACUGACGAGCUGGUCGCUGAGGUGGAGAAGAGAAACAGGUUGAAGCUUCUGCUGCCGUGGCUGGAAAGUCGUAUCCACGAUGGGCAGACCGAGCCUGCCACCCACAAUGCACUGGCCAAGAUCUACAUUGACGCCAACAACAACCCUGAGAGGUUCCUGAGGGAGAACCCGUACUAUGACAGUAAGGUCGUGGGCAAGUACUGUGAGAAGCGGGACCCACACCUCGCAUGUGUGGCCUACGAAAGGGGGCAGUGUGAUCAGGAACUCAUUCAGGUGUGCAAUGAGAACUCCCUGUUCAAGAGCGAGGCACGUUACCUGGUGAAGCGGCGCGACCCUGAGCUGUGGGCCACGGUGCUGAUUGAAACCAACGAGUACCGCAGGCAGCUCAUCGACCAGGUGGUGCAGACGGCACUAUCAGAGACCCAGGACCCAGAAGACAUCUCUGUGACCGUGAAGGCCUUCAUGACCGCGGACCUGCCCAACGAACUGAUCGAGCUACUGGAGAAGAUUGUUCUCGAGAACUCGGUCUUCUCGGACCACAGUGAGCAGGGGACACUCUCUGCACACAGGAACCUACAGAACUUGUUGAUCCUGACGGCUAUCAAGGCUGACCGCACGCGUGUCAUGGAGUACAUCACCCGCCUGGACAACUACGACGCUCCUGACAUCGCCAACAUUGCCAUUGGCUCGGAGCUGUACGAGGAAGCUUUCGCCAUCUUCAAGAAGUUUGACGUCAACACUUCUGCUAUCCAGGUGUUGAUCCACAACAUCAGUAACCUGGACCGUGCGUACGAGUUUGCGGAGCGCUGUAACGAGCCGGGCGUGUGGAGCCAGCUGGCUCAGGCCCAGCUGCAGCAGGGGAUGGUGAAGGAGGCCAUCGACUCCUACAUCAAGGCUGACGACCCCUCCCAGUACAUGGAGGUGGUGGAUGUGGCAAAUAAGAACGGAAACUUCGAGGACCUCGUGCGGUACCUGCAGAUGGCGAGGAAGAAGUCGCGUGAAGCGUACGUGGAGACAGAGCUGAUCUUCGCCUACGCCCAGACCAACAGGCUGGCCGAACUGGAGGAGUUCAUCUCCGGCCCCAACACCGCCAACAUCCAACAGGUCGGCGACAGGUGCUAUGACGCAAAGAUGUAUGAUGCGGCCAAACUGCUGUACAACAACGUGUCCAACUUUGGGCGUCUGGCCUCCACCCUGGUCCACCUGGGCGAGUACCAGGCCGCCGUGGACAGCGCCCGCAAGGCCAACAGCACGCGCACGUGGAAGGAGGUGUGCUUCUCGUGUGUGGACGGCGAGGAGUUCCGUCUGGCGCAGAUGUGUGGUCUGCACAUCGUGGUGCACGCUGACGAGCUGGAGGAUCUCAUCAACUACUACCAGGACAGAGGAUAUUUUGAGGAACUGAUCCAGCUGCUGGAGGCUGCCCUGGGCCUGGAGCGUGCUCACAUGGGCAUGUUCACGGAGCUGGCCAUCCUCUACUCCAAGUACAAGCCACAGAAGAUGAGGGAACAUCUGGAGCUCUUCUGGUCACGUGUCAACAUUCCAAAGGUCCUGCGUGCAGCAGAGCAGGCUCACCUGUGGGCGGAGCUGGUGUUCCUGUACGACAAGUACGAGGAGUACGACAACGCCAUUGUCACCAUGAUGGCUCACCCCACAGACUCCUGGAAGGAAGGCAUGUUCAAGGAUAUCAUCACUAAGGUUGCAAACAUAGAGCUGUACUACAAGGCACUGCAGUUCUACCUGGAUUACAAGCCCAUGUUGCUGAACGACCUGUUGACCGUGCUCACGCCCCGUAUGGACCACACACGUGCUGUCACCUUCUUCCAGAAGGUUGGCCAUCUGCCCCUUGUGAAGCCAUACCUCCGCUCAGUGCAAACCCACAACAACAAGGCCCUAAACGAGGCCCUCAACAACCUGCUCAUUGAAGAGGAAGACUACCAGGGCUUGAGAGCAUCCAUAGAUGCGUUUGACAACUUUGACAACAUCGCCCUGGCCCAGAGGUUGGAAAAGCACGAGCUGAUCGAGUUCCGGCGGAUAUCAGCGUACCUGUUCAAGGGCAACAACCGCUGGAAGCAGGCAGUCGAACUGUGCAAGAGAGACAAGCUCUUCAAGGAUGCCCUGGAAUACGCAGCCGAGUCGCGGGACACGGAAACGGCAGAAGAGCUGAUCGCCUGGUUCUUGGAACAGAAGAACCACGAGUGCUUUGCGGCAACCCUGUACACCUGCUAUGACCUGUUACGGCCAGACGUCAUCCUAGAGCUGUCCUGGAGGCAUAACAUCCUGGACUUUGCCAUGCCAUUCUUCGUCAAUGUUAUGCGGGAAUACAUUUCAAAGGUUGACAAAUUAAUAGAAUCAGAGGAACAGAGGAAAGAAGAAGAAACCACAACACAACAGCCAAUAGUCUAUGGUGAACCCCAGUUGAUGAUCACAUCUGGUCCUCAGAUUGGUGUCCCCCCUCAGCAGAUGCCCCCAGGAAUGGUACCCGGCAUGAUGCCAGGUGCCGCACCCAUGCCAGGUGGCUACCAGGCACCUUACGCCUCCAUGUGAGGGGGACUGCAGAGUCAGAAACACACCUCAAAUAGUCUAUGAGAUAUCUGCCCAUCAAACCACAGUUAGAAAGGUGACAACUUAUGCAGAAGAUUUGUGAUUCGUGUCCAGAAGUGUUACCAUGAAAGAAAGCAGUUGGUGUUGGUAGUUGGUAUGAAAUGUAAGAGAAAUGAGAGAGGACCAGAAAGAGCGAUUAAGUGGCACCUAGCCAUAGACUAUUGGAGGUUUGGUAUAUAAGCUAUCUGUAGAUGCAAUAUACAAUAUGAAGGUACUACUAACUUAGGAAUUAAAAGCAUUUGUAUCAUUCCUUGAUUUGGUGCCAGGGUUAGCCUGGUCAUGAUGUGUAUUGUGAAAAAUUUGGAUGCAGCUUGAAAAAAGAUACAGAUAUAUGUGGGAUCGAUGAACAAUCAACUUGUCAUUCUGAGUUUGUUACUGUUGUCCGAUACAUAGCUUUAGAUGAACGUCAACUAAGCUUCAUCAAGUAGACAAGAAGGGUAUAAUUGUUAAUUAGGAGAUACAAUUUUUAGGCAGUAGGGAUAUGAUGUGAACGUUGGGUGUAUAUGGAAGUAUGUUGGAAGAAAAUUGUAAGAGGAUCUGAAAGAGGGCACAGAAUCACCUGUGAUUGUACAUUAUAAUACUUAAUAGCAAAUUACAAUGUAGUAUUGUGUUGAUGGGGAGGGGGGCACCUAUUGGGGAAUACUUAGUGAAAAGGCUGGCAGCUAGCCAUUUAAUAUCACAAAACCAAUUAAACAGAGCGGAUUACUGGCUAAUACGUCCAGAAUUUUUAAGUCCCGGCAGUAUAUGUAGAAGCCCGUUAGUUUUAUACCAGCAUUGUGAUUGAAAUCGCGACAGAGCAUUGGCAUGAGUAAAACAUCAUCAAGCAACUACUAACAUGCCACAUUUCAUACACUUCUGUGGCUGGUGGUGCUUGUCAACUAGUAGACUUCAUGACAGAAAGGCUGUAGUUUGAUGCACAAGCACUGAUCACUGCCACUUGUUCUAGUCAAAUCAUGUUCAAGGUACAGGUAGUAUUGAAAAAUACCCUCCUUGCCACCCCGAUAUUGUUUUUUUUACCAUUACAUACAUUGCUGUACCAAGAUUGGGUUUUUCAUUUUAUGACACAGCAAGAUUCACUUGUGCACAUACUGUAGUUGCACUCUGACAAGUCAAAAGGUGACAGUGCAUGUGAGACAUCUGUGACAGUGAGAGGCAUGUAAUAGAAGAUGAAACUGUUCAUGGCCCUAAUUUCAUCUGAAUGAAUAAAAAAAGCCCCAUACCAACAAA